AUGCAUCUUUACGGUGACAAAUACAUCAACCACAUGGGCAUCUGGUUCUGGCUUGCUGGUACCGCUGUCAUCUUUUUCACAGUGUCUCGAUUCUUUGGUGCUAGGCGUCUGCCAAAGGGGGCCUAUGUGAACAAGGCUGGCCAGCGAAUCAAGCAAGUUACAUGCGAUGCUCGUCUCGCUAAAUUUCUACGCAGUGCAGAGCUUUCCAAGAACGGACAAGAAAUUGCAGCGGAUGACCCUUACUUGAUUCAAAGCGGACCAUACCAAGAGCUGGUUAUCAGUCAGCCAUCGCACAUCCAGGAGUUUUACAAGAACGAUGCGAAAGAUCAUACCAAACCCCAAAAUCGCAACUUUGGUGUUCUAUUUGGCCGUUGGGCUGGAGCUGCUGUUGGCAUGCAGUAUGGAGAUAAUUGGAAGCGAAUUCGCAAACAUUUCGAUCCCGUCUUCUCAUUCCAUUCGGUCAUGCAAAACAAACAACGGUUCGACAUUGAGGUGCAACAAUUGAUUGAAGGGCUGGUUGAAAAUAAUAGUUAUGAAAUUGACCCUACAACCGCUUUCAAAUAUUUCACCUUUCGCGCCCUGGCCCUUCAUCUUUACGAGGACGGCUUUGAUGACCGAGUUUACUGGCGUAUGCUGGAGUUGGACGAAAUGCAUCAGAAUAUUGUUCGAGUACUGUCAUCCCCUACAUUGCCAGACUCCGGGCUCUACAACUGGUUACCAACAAGUAGUGGCAAGACUUUGGCCAAUUACUUGACCCAGUGGAAGGAGUUUAACCGUAUCACUGUUGACCACGCCCGAGGAGGUAACUGGAAAUGUCCUGUCGAGGUCAUUUACCGAGCCGUCGACACAACCAAGGAACUGACUGAAAAGGAGGUUACAUCCACUCUGGAUGAGAUUCUCUUUACCAACGUGGAGGUGAGCUCCAAGGUUCUCUCGACACUGUUUGUCAAUUUAGCCCAACAGCCAGCUCUUCAGGAGGAAUUGCGCGCCGAGAUCAAAGAUCGCAAUACCAAACCCAGUGAGGAGGCAAAGUACUUUGCUAAACAAGACACGUUACUGAACCGAGUCGUUAUGGAGAGCAUGCGGGUGUCUCCAGCUUUCUGGUUCUCUUUGCCUCAAUGCACAUCUGUUGACAAGACCAUUGGUGGUUAUCUGAUUCCUGCCAAUACUCCAGUAGUUAUUGAUACACGCCGUCUCAAUAAUGCCUCGUACACUUUCGGGGCCGACACUGACGUCUUCGAUCCCAGCAGAUUCUCCAAGAUCCCUUCAGAGAAACUACGCUGCGGCUUCAUGAAAUUUGGUGCUGGAGCAGCCUCUGGUCGAUGCCUUGGCAAAAAUGCCGCCGACGUUCUAUUCAAGAUGAUGGUGAUUGGCAUUCUUGAGAAGUUCUCUCUCUCUUUGCCCUUCCCGGCGCUGGGUAAGGAAGGCAGUAGUACCAACAUCAAGCUCACUAAACUGUAA